GUGGGAGGGGCCUCCUGGAGGCCACGCCCAUAGGCCCUCUGCUGGGGGAGCCGCUAGAGAGCGGAGGAAGGUGAAGAGCGUCCUCAGAGGCGCACUCUGCAGCUGGGCUAGGAAGAUCUCGAACCCGCACCCGAGAAAAAACAAAAGAAAGUCUAGACAGAGAAGUCUCUACAUCCAGAGAAAUGGGUCACCUUUUCAGGAUUUCAACUCUAGAAGCUAAAUGAUACCAACUUGACUUUUUUCUUUUUUUAGGAAGUAUUAGGAAGUUGUGAUUUUUCAAAGCCAAUUAUGAAAACAUUUGUCAUUGGAAUUGGAGGUGUGACAAAUGGUGGGAAGACUACACUGGCUAAGAACUUGCAGAAACACCUUCCAAAUUGUAGCGUCAUAUCUCAGGAUGACUUCUUCAAGCCAGAGGCUGAGAUAGAGACAGAUGAAAAUGGAUUUUUGCAGUAUGAUGUGCUUGAAGCGCUUAACAUGGAAAAAAUGAUGUCAGCCAUUUCCUGCUGGGUGGAAAACCCAGGGCUCUCUGUGGGACCAGCAGCAUUGGGAAGUCCUGAAGGGAUUCCCAUUUUAAUCAUCGAGGGCUUCCUUCUCUUUAAUUAUAAGCCACUUGACACCAUGUGGAAUAGAAGCUAUUUUCUGACCAUUCCAUAUGAAGAAUGUAAGAGGAGGAGGAGCACAAGGGUAUAUGAGCCUCCAGAUCCCCCAGGUUACUUUGAUGGCCAUGUGUGGCCCAUGUACCUAAAGCAUAGACAAGAAAUGAAGGACAUUACCUGGGAGAUUGUUUACCUAGAUGGAACAAAAUCUGAAGAGGACCUGUUUGCACAAGUGUAUGAAGAUAUCAUACAAGAACUAGAGAAACAAAAUGGCUUGCAAGUAACAGCAUGAAAAUGGAAUGCAGCAGGUCCUCCUAGGAUGAAACUCAAAGGAAUAGACUUAAGAAUGUUCACCAGGAUGCAGCGUGUCCUGUGGUACCUGUGCUACAGUGACAGCUUUUCUCUAUGCAUAUUUUUAUCUGGCAUACUUUUCCCAACAUGUAAAGUAAUGUGAGUCCCUGCCAUUGGACAGGAAUCAACCUUUAUAACUUGCUCUCACCUCAAGGGCACAGGUAGAGCACAGCUCAUACACACAGUGUCAGUUCCCCUAUAUGAGUGAUUUUCAAACCUUCCUGACAGGAACCUAGAGUAAGUAAUGAUUACAUUGCAGUCCAACAAUAUGUGAUCAGUUGUGUGUGUUUCUGUAUAUGUGUACAUAACUGUGUAUCCAAGUUUGUGUAUAUAUACACA